UACUACGAGCAGCUUGGCAUAGACGCCAGUGCAACACAGGACGAAGUGCGCAAGGCGUACCGCAAGCAGUCUCUGAAAUGGCACCCUGACAAGAACCCCAAUUGCCGCGAAGAAGCUGAGCGCAAAUUUAAAUUACUGGCCGAGGCAUACGAGGUGUUAAGCGACCCGGAAAGCCGGCAGCGGUACGACCAAUACGGGACCGAUGGGCUGAAGCGCGGGUUCCAACCUGCGUCGUCCAGUAGCGCG